CAUUCAUUUGGCACUUGGUAUGAAUUUGCUCACCAAUCCUCCCCCUUGAGUCAACACACAUUAAUCUAUUGUGUAUUAAUUUCAAAAGUUGAGGGUGCUGUUACUAUCACUAAAGCUGUGGCUGCUAUACUGAUGAUAUUGAUUGUAUAUGCAAGCCGUGAGUAAGCUAUAGUGAGGUUACAGAGACAUAGGAAGGCAAGUCACUGCCUGAAAAAUGAGUGACAACCUUGCUAAACAACUCUACUGGGAUAGUCAGAGUGGCCCUGACCAAAAUAUACUUGAGCUGCUACAGAGAGGAGCUCCACCCAACAACAGUGACUACUACACUAGAGAGCAGGAUGGACACACUCCACUACACUGGGCAUGUGCUAACAAUCAUCUCCGCAAUGCCCAACUACUCAUGAAGUUCGGAGCCACUGCAGCUGCAACAAAUAACUAUGGCAGUACCCCUUUACACUGGGCAUGUCUCCACAACAAUAAGGACACUGCUAAGCUGUUACUGGAGCACCACUGUCCCACAGAUAUCAAGGACAGUAUUGGACAGACUGCUGCUGGUGUGGCCAGAGAGAAAGGGUACCAUGCCUUGGCUGACUAUGUGGAGGGUUUCCAGCCUCGACCUAGAGAUCCACUGUCCUCGUACCCAACACUGGAACAGCUGAGUCAGCUGGAAUGUGACCAAUGGUUUCAACUUGGUGUUUGUUUGGGAUUGGGCAAUGACCAACUGGACACCAUAAAGAAGAGCCAACAUCCCACAGCAGAAACUCUUCAGGCAGCCAAACUCAAGAAUAUUGACAUACAGUGGAAAGAUAUUGUGGAAGUUCUAGUGAGCAUUGGGGAAGGUGAGAGUGCGCUGUCAGUGAGUGCAUUCUAUGGCUGGCUGGACUGUGUCAAGCGUCUUGUGGAAACUGUGGGUCUCGAUCCAAAAGUGGCAGUGAAUGAGGCUGGAGACACUCCACUCUCUCUGGCGUACAAAAACAGACAUUUGGAAACGAUCAAGUAUUUUUCUCAAAAACAUCAGUGUGACCCAAAAUUUGCAGUGAAUGAGGCUGGAGACACUCCCCUCUCCCUUGAGUGUUCCCGUGGUAACCUGGAGAUGGUCAAGGCUCUUAUCAACAAGCAUGUUGAUCCAAAAAAGCCAGUCAACAAGGCUGGUGACACCCCACUCUCUCUGGCCUACAAAGGUGGACACUGGGAAGUGGUCAAGUAUCUCGCCAUCACUCACCACUGUGAUACAACAAGUAUCCUCUUGCUAGCAGUAAAGCAUGAGCAAGAUUCAACAGUGGAGUUUCUACUGGAAGAAUGCCGUUGUAAUCCAAAUGUGACUGAUAAAGAAGGCAAGACACCUCUCGAUUUAGCCAACGACCCUAAGAUCAAAAAGCUACUCUUGAAAUACGGAGCCAAGGCAGAAUUCCAUAGCGAUCAGAAUGUGACUGACAAAGAAGGCAAAACUUACUCUUCACAGGACCAUGAUACAUUAAGAGAAGAGCACUCAAUUAUACCUUCUAAACGGACCUUAGGGUCGCCAUUUACUAUUUCAAUCCAACCAAAAGAUGUUUGCUGCAAACCUGGGGAAGAAGUUGAGCUAACAAUAUCAACAACACCGUCUGCAACUAUGUAUCAGUGGCGUUUUGAAAAUCAAGCUAUAUUAUCACUUCCUGACUACAAAGGACAAACAUCUGAACGUCUCCUGAUAUCAACAUUCCUUCCUAAGCAUAAAGGUGUUUACUGGUGUGUUGCUGAAGAUGCAUCAGGCACACAGAUCACCUCGCGUCAUGCAACACUCACUGCAGAGGGGGAGGUUAUUAAAAGGCAAGAAUUGGAUUUUAUAGGGAAAAUUUUGAACAAAUCUGCAAUAGACUUUAGCCAGUAUCUACACAAUGGUGAGAGUGAUGUGACUUACGAAGAGAUGGAGUUUAUAAUGAAAUUGAAUCCAAGGACACAAUUGCUGUCCAUCAACCUAAAGCAGGAAAUCACAUCAAGACUGAAAGAGGAGCAAAUCUAUGCCGAAGCCAUAAAAGAAACGGUAUCCCUUACCUACACCAAAAUCCUUGCACUGGGCCCAGGCCAGGUUGGAAAAUCUACUUUUAUUCGCAGAUUGUUGGGAAUAAUGGAAGGAAGCAUCCAAACUUCUCCUCUAGAAACACAGCCUCAAUCUAGUACAGGUAUUUCGGAGGCGAGAGAAGCUUGUAUACAGUAUACAAGAGUAAUUGGUGCCAUUACUAAUAACAAAUGGUGUGUUUUGCGAAACGAUCUGCACGAUCAGCUAAGUGGCUUAAUGUCACUGAUAGUUAAGCAAUCUCAGCAAACCCCACUGCAUGGAACCACCAGAACUACUCAAUCAUCUAGGAAAAUGAAGAUUGAAACUGUAGUAAAUGAAUUACUAGUUGAUACUGCUGUGCAAGUGAAAAUGGACGAGAAACAACCUGAAACAUUACCUCCUGGUAAUGAAUUGCUGCCUCGAGGUCCAAUUGCUAGUGAACAAAGUACGUUGAUGACUAAGGAAUCAGAUAUUGAUAAAAUAAUUAGAGAAUUUGAAGAGCUAAAAGAAGAAUGCAGACUAAGUCCACAUAGGAUGGAAUGUGAUAUGUUAUUUAAUGUAGUUGAUGUUGGUGGCCAACCAGCAUUUCUAGAAAUGCUACCAUCCUUAACUAUAGGACAAGCUCUUUACCUUGUGUUUAUGAACCUUAAGCAAGAUCUAAGUUCAAGAUACCCUGUGCCGUUUAAAUGUAAGGACUCAACAACGAAUCUUUUUAAAGAUUACUCUUACACUUCUGAAGAAGUAAUAUUUUCGGCACUUUCAAGUAUUGCUUGCUUUGGACACCCAGAUGAGCAAGUGGAAAAGUACGUUCAGAAACCAGAAUCAGGUAAUAAAGAGCGGAAUGAUUCUCUUGCGGUGCUUGUGGGAACGUUUCUUGAUGAAGUUAAUGACAAAGAAAUACAAUUAACUAACCAGCAGCUGAAUGAACGACUUAAAGGCACAGCAUUUUAUAAACAAGGGCUUAUUCUCAGCAAUAGCUUCAGCUUAUUAGUAAACAAUAUGAGUGCAGAAGAUAGUGAAAUAGAACGUCACAGAAAAAAACUAGAAGCAAUACUAACUGCAAAAUUUCGAAAGUAUCAAAUUCCAGCGCAAUGGUUAAUGCUCAGCAUCUGUCUUAAGCUUCUUGCUAGAAAUCAAAACAAGUAUCAUGUUUCCUUUGCUGAUUGUGUCAAGUUGGGGAAGCAUUUGGACAUGGACGAAAACAUGGUGAGUGUUGCUUUGCAAUUUCUCCACAAAUACAUCGGGCUUGUGAUGUAUUUUCCUCAUCAUGAAAGCCUUAAGAAAAUCGUAAUAUGUGAUCCCCAAGUAGUAUUUUCAACUAUCAGUGAACUAAUCUUUAAUAUUUACGAUCACAACAAGAAUCAAGUUAGCGAGGCACAGUAUGACCGCUUUGUGGAAACUGGCUGCUUUUCACCUCAAGAUAUCAUGCUAACACAUGUGAAAGAAGAUAAGAAGAAACUUCUUUCUAUUACCACUUUAGUUGAUCUACUAACGCACUUAAACAUUGCUGCUAAAGUUCCCGUAUCUUCUAGUAAGGACGCGGUGUUGUAUUUUCUACCUGCGGUUCUUCAAACUGCUGAAACAGAUGCUAUUAAAAGAAAGCACAAAGGAGAAAAUGAUGAAUUACUUCCCGAACCAAUCUGCAUUCGAUUCAAAACGGGAUAUGUACCUUUAGGAUUUGUGUGUGCUUUAAUUGCAAAUCUUACUGCUGAAAAAAAUUUCGAUCUACUCUUCAACGAAAGCAACAAGCUCUACAAGAAUAUGAUUCAAUUUCGAUUUCAGCGUAUAAUCAAUCUCACUGUAAUUUCUUUGCCAAGAUAUUGUGAGUUCCGUGUCACUAGGCAGCUCCCAGAUAAUGAUGUCUUUGAGUUUUGGAGUGAGGAUAGUUGUCCUCUUAUCAUGGAAACUAUACGUACAGUUGCCAAUAAGGUUAUUCAAUCUUUACAGCAUGGCUUGCGUUCAGUAAACAAUGAUUCUGAAAUAUAUGAUUUUGCUUUUCAUGCGCAUUGCCAAAGGAAUUCCGAUGCUGACUUUGGACAGGAAUGUCUUGCUAAACUUGACUAUGAUGAUUCCUAUCAAGAGAUUGACUUAGAAAAAAAUAUUCCGGAGAAGGUUAUAUGCAUAAAAUGUAAAACUGCUAUUCCACUAACUCCAGAAAUGAUGGUAUGGUUUGGUAAGGUUCCAAGCACUCCUCUAAGAAUUUGCGAGCAACCUGCUCGAAAAGGGAAUGUCAUAAGCAUACGUGCUGAUGGAGUACGACCACUAACAUAUGAAUGGCUUGUAGGUGGGAUAAAGCUCUGUGAUGGUGAUGACCAUGACUAUGACGGCUAUGCAACAAACAGUCUUAUCAUUAAAGAUAGCGAUUUAUUGUCGGAAGGUCUUUUUAAAUGCCAAGUAAAGGACAGAUUCGGCAACUGUGUUGAAUCUGAUGAGCUUGAUCUCUUUGAAGAUAAGCUCAGAAGAACUUGGAAAUUAAAAAAAUCAGAAAUCACUAAAUUGAAGAGAAAAGGAUUUACAAGUAUCAGAGAACUGAAACAUCUCCAGCUUAACACGCUGGAAUUCAACGAGGGUGAGAAGGAAAGGAUGAGACCACUCCUUGCUUCUCUUAAUUUUCAGACAAACAAAUCUGACAGUUCUUCAGGACCUCCCGCUAAUCGAGUGUCUCUCCAAGAACUAGUAAGACAAUACAAGCUAAUUGAUGAGCAACUCAACAGUGAAAUAGAGGUCACUGAUUUUCCCUGCCUGGCAGAAAACUUCGAUGGUGUAACGAUCUAUUCGAAUGCCAUGGGACUAACUCGUGCUGAACAAGCUGAUGUGAAUUUGUUGUGCUUUAGAGAAGGAACUCAAGCAGCCAUGAUGAAGUGUUUGCAUUGCUGGAAGACGCACAAUCCUUAUGAAGCAACUUACAGAACUCUACUAGAAUUGUUACUGAAACUGAGAAAAGAGAGGAUAGCUGAUGAAAUAUGUCAGCACUUGACUCAAUUUCAAUGGAACAUUAAACAGCAUCCCCAGGAUGUGCUUAUUAAAGUUGGUGAGGAUGCCAAAUUCUUUAUUGCUGUGACCGCGUCUUCUCCUGGGCACGUCUCUUACAACUGGUGCUUUAACAAUCAGAGUAUAUCAGAUGACAACGCUAACUACAAGGGAGCAACAACAAGUGAACUGGUCGUUUUGAAGUCCUUGUCCAAGCACUGUGGUAGCUACAAGUGUAUUGUCACAGAUCAACUUUUAUCGGAUGUGCAAGUCCCUUCAUUUUCGGCUGUCCUUGAAAUUGAUGGAACCAAAAUUGAAGACGAGGAGUCUAAACUCCUUGGAAUAAUUUUACAGAAGGUGACUUCACUGCAAGAUGGUGAAAUGGAUUUAAAUAUUAUGGAGCUACUCAGUGGAACAAGUAAUCUGACUUAUGAAGAGCUACAAAUAGUCCUUGAUCAGACCACACAUACAUCGUAUUUAUCAACUGAUCUGGAACAAAAGUUGCAAACACGGAUACAGGAGGAUAAAAUCUAUGAUGAAGCAAUAAAAAAUGAUAAAAAGAUUAAAUUGUUCUAUCUCAAAAUGCUUGCUCUUGGACCAGGACAAAUAGGAAAGUCAACAUUUAUCCGUAGACUUCUUGGAAUCAUGCAAUGGGAUAUCAAUGAAGAUCCCGAAAAUGGACCAACUAGAAGCACUGGCCAGUCUGAAAAUAGAGAAGUAUUCUUACGCUACAGUCAUGAAUCAGUAGCUCUGUCCACUAAUGAGCAAUCAGUGUCAACUGAACAAAGCUGGCAUGUACUUGAUGAAUCCGACGUAGGUAAGGAAUUGAGAGCACUCAUUUCCCUAUUAAAUAUUCAGACUGAAGCCGAAACACUUAGUGAAACGGUUGCUUCAGAAGAAACAAAGGUGACUCCUCAAGCAUCUCUUCAACAAAGUUAUUCACCUCCUAGUGAUUUAUCUGAUUCUAAUGUGAUCCCAACAGUAAAUGAAAGAGAAUCUGAAAAGAACUCUGUUGCUUUAACAAAUAAUACUUGUCCAUCUUCCGAGCAGUCCCCCGACACUCCAAAAGCUCAAACAAAAGUUCAAAAAAGCGAGAUUGAUGAAGUCUAUGAAGAGUUUGAGAAGCUACGUUCUUCCAUAUCGAGCGAUUCCCCCGAUGAUGAUGAUAUAAAGUCAAUACAUGCUAUAAUCAACAUCGCUGAUGUUGGUGGUCAACCAGCUUUCUUAGAAUUGCUACCUUCUUUGACAAUUGGACCAGCAAUGUACCUUGUAUUCAUGAAACUUCUAUGGGAAUUGGAUGCUCCAAAGGAGACGCUAUACAAAAGCGAAAACGAUAUGGAAGCAUUAAUCUGUAAAAACUACACAUAUACACCAGAAGAAGUUAUUUUCACUGCUCUCUCAAGUAUUGCAUGCUUUGGUCACUCUGACGAGGAAGUAGAGAAGUAUGUAUAUUCUGACCAGGAUGCUAACUCGGAUGUAAAUAAAAAGAAAAUCAACUCACUUGCAUUGAUUAUGGGCACCUAUGCAGAUGACAUAUCUGAGGAUCUAGCAGCUACAAAAAAAGUAGAAGACACCAAUAAGCGACUUCGUGCAACGCUGGCCACUACCCCUUUCUAUAAGGAUGGCCUUAUCAAAUAUUCUAAUCUAUGCAAAAAAGAAGUUCUCUUUCAAAUUAAUAAUUUAUCUGGGGGUAAAACUGAAGUUGAUAACUAUAGAAAACUUAUUAAAAAUCUUAUUGAAAGCAAAUUCCGACAGUAUAAAAUCCCUGCAAGGUGGUUGAUGUUUAGUAUUUGCUUGAAAAUUCUUGCUCAGAAAAAAAAGAAGAGUGUCAUAGAAUUUCUGGACUGUGUUGAAGUUGCUAGGCGUUUUGGUAUCAAUGAUGAAAAGACAGUCAAAGUUGCGCUAAGAUUCCUUCACAAAUACAUCGGGUUAGUGAUGUACUUUCAGAAGGAUGAAAAGCUCAAACUUUCAAAGGAUAUCGUCAUCUGUGAUCCUCAAGCAGUUUUCACUUCUAUUAGUGACCUUAUUUUUAAUAUUUAUGAUCCAGAUGUAGAAGAACCUGCAGUAUUCGAUCGCUUUACACAAAAUGGUUUCUUUUCUCCUGAAGAUCACAGCAUGGAGGCUAUCGCUGCUAAAAAAAACCAAUUACCCAUUGAAGACCUAAUACCGUUGUUGGAGUAUCUAAACAUAGCUGUUGAGAUGGAUGUGGAUUCGAUCAAAGGGUACUUUCUUCCAGCAGUUCUUCAAACAGCCACCAGUGAGGUAUUGAACAUGUCUCUCGAUGGAGCAGAUACUGUUCGAGAUCCAGAGCCCCUUUGUGUCCGUUUUAGAACUGGUUUUGUGCCAUUGGGAUUUGUUUCUGCCCUUGUGGCUAAUUUAUUAAAUAAUAACAGCAAGGAUCUGCUUUUACUUGGGAACGAGCAAGAAGAAGUGGUGUACAAAAACAAAAUCAUAUUUCGAUUUCGAGGCCGUUACAAUAUUGUGCUGAUUUCCCGGGCCAAGUAUUGUGAAUUUCGAGUAUCUCGACCCCUAGAUGCUGCUAAAGAUGAAGAGUUCAGCAAAUUUUGCCCACUGCUUAAAGACAUGUUACAGAAAUCAAUCAAGGAUGUAAUCGACAGAAUGCGACAGAGUUCUCUAUUCCAGCCGUCACAUGGCUAUGAUUUUGCUUUUAAAUGCCCUCAAAGCAACUGUAAGAAAACAAUGGGUAGCGGAUCAUCAUUACUAGUAAUUAAUCCAUGGCCAGCAGACCAGCACCUUAAAAGCCUGACUUGCGAGAGCUGCAAGACUGCUAUACAUGUAACCCUUCAAAUGAAGACAUGGUUCACAAAGGACCUAGCUCAUGAUGAUCAACAAGAUCCACGAACUACCAGUCUCUGUGAGUUGAUGGUCAAGUAUGGAGUCACUGACAAACAGUUGAAUCGAGAGAUUACACGAGAGGACCUUGCUCCAGUAGCUAUGCACUUUGAUACUGUGGAGCUCUACCUCAACCCACUGAAGCUGGAUGGAAACGAACAAGUUGAUGUGAGGACUUCCGGUCAUGUUAGUAGCAGUAAUCAAGUAGCAGUGAUUAAGUGUUUGUCAAUCUGGAGGGGACACAAACCCAACGAAGCAACCUUCAGAGCACUGAUUAGGAUCUUAUGGGAUCUGAGGAAGGAAGAAAUUGUUACCAACAUUUGUCAGUACUUGAAAAAAAAGGACCAUGGCACAUUCGGAGAGGAGCACCUUGUGCAAGUAUCUCAGACUUCCGGAAAGAGUGACUCAGCCACAUGCACACAGAGAGGAGAAGACUUGCUCCCACUAGAUAAAGUGAAGAAUGCAGUCAUUGCAAUCACUGCUGACUGGUACAGUCUGGCAAUACAGCUGGAUAUUGACUAUAAAACUAGAAAGGUCAUUGAGCGUGACCACCCAUCGGCAGAAGCUGGGUUCCAUGCCAUGUUGCAGCACUGGGUGAGGAGACCCUCCCCUCCCCCCUCCUGGUCGGCCCUCAUUAGAGCACUAAAGUGCCCCGUCAUCAGUCGAGCAGACAUUGCAGACGACAUUGCAGCAGACUUGGAGAAACAUCAGGAUGUGUUGGGAGUAUCUAGAGGUGGUGAAUCAUCCAUUCCCUCUCAGGGUCAGCAAAACGUAUUUGUCCAGAAAGAGCCACUCAGUGUAGACCAGCACUUGAAGGUGAUGAGAGAGACCACUUGGGAAGCAAGAGCCAAAUGGAAGUGUCUGGGAGAACAGUUGGGAGUUACCAUGGGGAAAUUAGAGGAGAUUCAGUACAACCAUCGUGAUGUAGCUGAAGCUUGCUUAACUGGCAUGCUGGAGCACUGGUUGACCCAGACCGGCCCUCCCCCCUCCUGGUCCGCCCUCAUUGAGGCUCUCAGAUCCCCUGCUCUUGGUCAGGGGGACAUUGCCAAUGAGAUUGAGACUAGGAUCGCUAGAGACAUAGUGUACACAUGAAUUGUCCAAAAAAUAACUGUCUUGUAUUAUUUGUAUAAUUAUAGUUCCUCUCUCAGACUUAAACACAUUGCAUGCACUGUAAGACUAUUCUAGUUAGAUUGCAAGAACAUUGUAGAUGAUGUAGUUUAUUAGUAGAACCUUCUAGAAACAGGGUUUAGUAUUUAAGUAUUGAGUUAAAUUUGUAUUUGUUAAGUACCAUCGAAUUGACUGUGAA